AUGACAAUUGAACAAGAAGUUCAAGAUCCGGUGGAUAUCUUCGAUACCUCCAUCUCCACUCUAUUCGACAUCCCUCCUAUCGCUUUCUCUCCAAGUUCAUCCGACAAACUCAUCCCUUAUUCCCCAUCUCCCAUUCCACAACGCCCAUCCUCCCAUAGUCCAUAUACCACCUCUUUCCAUCCAAUUCCCUCCCAAUCACCCAUAACUAUUUCAACCCCUCCUCAAGCUCCACCAUCAGAAGCAAAGUCAAUAACAUUCCCUAUCCAACUACAACUCCCUCAACCACCCGCGGAACUCUUCACUACCCUUCAAGCACAAAAUUUAUGGCUCUCCUCCAUCUACCUAGCUGAUCUCUUAUGUUCUCCCACAUCCCCUUUAUCUUCUUUCUCCUUCUCUGACUUACCUCCAUACGACUCUCCUUCACGCUCGUCUCACCACACCUCAAUAAAACCGGAGCUUAGGGUAGCAGAACUGGGCGCAGGGAGUGGUUUACCAGGGAUCAUCGCUUGUCUUCAAGGUCAUCGUGUUGUAUCUACCGAUUGGGGUGUGAGUGAAGUACUCGAUGUGAUCCGAGGGAAUUUUCAAAGAGCUUGUGGGGAUUCUCAUGGAAGAUGGGAAGUGGUGGGACAUCAAUGGGGUGAUAAUCCUAAUCCCGUCUUGAAAGCUUUACCUUCCCCCUCACCAUCGGAAACUGUCAUAAACUAUACCUCGAUCGACUGUUCAACAAAUAUACCAUCGUUGUCGAAUAGACACCCACCGAGAAAUUCUCUGAUGAACAAGAACCAUGCCACAGAUCUCCUAAACCCACAAGAGGUCAACAAUAAAGAGGAGGAACGACUUGAUCAGGAUGUCCCAAGGAUGGGACCGGACAAGAUUGGGGGGUCAGAAGAAAAGUUUGACGUCCUUCUACUCGCUGACCUUAUUUGGAUCUCCGAUUCUCAUCAUUUUCUCCUUGAUAGCAUAUUUUCUCUUCUCAGACCUGGAGGAGAAGCAUAUAUCACAGCGGGUUUACAUACAGGUCGAGGACCCGUGGAGAGGUUUUGUCAAUCUGCGGCGCAAAGAGGUGGGGUUAUUGUUAAGUUUCCUGAUGUUCGAUGGAGCCCACAGGGAUGGAAAGGAUAUUCCAAAGAAGAAGGAGGGUUGGAAGAGGAAAGAGGUGUGGUGGUUAGUAUGAUAUUAAAGAUACCAUGA